GCUCUGGGGCCAGUCCCUGGAGAGCUCCGCUAUGACUCGGGUGGCCAAGAAAGUCCACUGGUCUAGAGCAGCAACAGCAGCAGCCGCCGCUGCCAAAGCCAAAAGAUCGAAGCUUAAGAAGAAGCGAAACCCUAGAUCUAAGCUUCCCAAGAGAUCUCGUCACUCCUUAAUUCGUUCUCAUUCUCGUUCCUGUUGUUGCUGUCUUCGUUCUCGUAGCAGAACUACAUUAAAGAUUACGAAGAAGGGGGAACAAUCACUGCGAAGGAGAAUUAGGAGACGAAUCAAGCGUGCUACUGAACUUCGAUUGAUGCGAAGUCAAAUGGAGCAGAGCCAACGGGAGCUGAUCGAACCGGAACCGACUGAACCUUUGGAGCCAAAUGAGAUUACAGUGGCAUUGUUCUCUCAUGAGAAUGCCAAUGUGUCUGAGCCAGAGGAAGUUCCACCAUACCUCGACAGAGACCUGGCUCCGAAUGGAGAAUUGGCCAACUCCUAGACUCCGAAUGGGUCCAAAGAAAGACCCAUGAAACAUCAGUGAACGGGUCUGGGAGCUGAGCUGUGGUCCUGUUAAAGCCACUCUUCACCACAAAUUAAUUUGUAUGAUGGUGAAAAUAAAAUCAAUCAGAUGUGAAAAAAAUGGAAAUUGA